AAACGAAUGUUGCGUGCACGCGCCGAAUCGUAUCGUGUGGCCACCAUUUCUCGAACCGAACAGCCUCCACCACUAGCUUCUUCUUCUUCUUCUAAUGUUUUGUCUUUCUGUUUUUUUCCCCGGCGAGAGAUUAGAUAUUUUGUUUUAUCAUGGCAGCGGGCACUUGCACAUCGAUAAGGCCUCGCCUUAUUGGUUCUUGUUCGACUGUUAGGUUGAUUAACGGAGCUGGAGUUUCUUUCUCCGUUAGGAUCUCUACAAGAACAAGAAGCCAAGGAGGUGGCUUCACAGCACCUGUGUCCUCACGUGAGGAAGGCCCUUCUUGUAUCUUCGUUGGUCCGAUUGAUUCCGCUAGAAAAGAAACUCUUGAAGCUCUUUACCGCCAAGCGAAGAAUGCUUACUACAAUGGCAAGCCUUUGAUACUUGAUGACAUGUUUGACAGAGUCGAGCUUAAGCUUCGGUGGUAUGGUUCGAAAUCGGUUGUCAAGUAUCCUCGGUGCAGCCUCCUGCGACACUCAACUUAUGCUGAUGCAGAGGAUGAUACAUCUCAAGUUCUCCUGUUAGCUACCAUAUGGAUCUUGAUUCUCUUGUUUGGUAGCUCAGCAUGCGUUCUGCCCACCUUUUAUGGCCUCAGUUUAGUCUAUGGAGGAGAUCCUUUCAACUCAGGGCUUGUCUAUAUCAGCUCGUCUUCAGUGCCUCUUCUGACAAAGUUGAACGGCAUCCUCCUCACCGUGCUAGGACCUGCUUUUGGAUAUCCCAUUGCAUCUUCUGCAGUUGGAGUACUUAAAGGGCUAUGGAGGAAUGACUUAACGGCUCUAAAAGGAGACUGUCCGAAUUGUGGGGAAGAGGUUUUUGCAUUCGUUAGAUCGGAUCAAUCAAACAGAUCAGCUCACAAAGCUGACUGUCAUGUCUGUGGGUGCACCCUGGAGUUCCGUACCAAAGUGGAGAAAUCUGCGUUACCACUGGGGAGAAAAUGGGUAUACGGCAGGAUAUACCUUGUUUCACGGCCUAGGAGAGACCGGCGCUCCAAGUAUUCAUAGUUCGGACAAAGACCAGAGAAUUUUUGGGAUGGUUUCUCUACUCAAUUGUGUAUUUAUUUUUCUAAAAUGGGUUACUAGAAAGCUUUUGUAACAUUCAAAAGAUUCAUAAACGUUUCUACACACUUUGAAAGUAUAGUACUUUUUACUGGAUUUCUUGAAAAGUUUAUUGAAUUCAAGUUGAUCAUAAUAUUUAGAAUGAGCUGUAAAGAUUUUAGAUCUGUGAUGCCUCA